AUGUCCACCCACCCCUCCGAGAGCGACAUGCUGACUGUGCGCCAUGCCGUCACCGAAAUCCACUACACGCUCUCUCGCCGUCCGUGUCAGACCAAGCUCGGGCACGAGAAUAUGAAGAACUGGUACAAUAUGUUCUUCGCUGCGCUCGACAAGGCCUACAACUUCCAGGUGCAGUUCAAGUUAAACACCUGGCCACGCUACACCCUCGGCGCCUUCUACGAGUACGAAAAAUCCCGGCACGUCGCUGGAUACACCGAGUCUCCAUUCGAAAUCGUACCCAUUGCUAACACCGCGGCUACUCAGAAGGCUAGGUACAAUUUCGACUUGCACAUAGUCAGUAAUGACCACGGCCAGAUUGGACUCUUGCUGGAGCAGGACGUCGACCUUAGUUGGUGUGACAUUGAAGCCACAGUGACAGACUCACAGUCGACGGGGGAUGGAGCUAACAAGUCGAGCACCACGAAGUCCGGAGCUGCGAAGGGCACCGAGGGUACAAAGAGUGCCGGGUUCAAAGACUACCGGUACUACGAAGAGUACCACUUCUCCGACGGCUUCCGGUGCUACGACAACGGACACAAGAAAGGCAAGGGUCGGGCGACGACGGUAGAGGUGACUACCGAUGACGAUGUCAGUAACGAAGAAGAAGAAGACGACGAGAGCGAGGAGGAAACCCCUCUUCAAGACACGUUCGAUCACCAAGAAGGCAGUGUCUUUUGCGACCCCCACGAUGCCACCGCUGUCCAAGACGAGGCGGGCGACAUCAGCGGCACCGGAGCCGUCAAAGAGGACCACCGCUACGCCGAAGAAGAGGGCGAGGAGCCAGAGUCGUGA